AUGCUAAGGAGGAGGAAUUGGGCUAAUACAGCUGAAACACGAGCUUAUUAUAUAAGCUUUUACAAUAGCAUGUGGUUAGUGGCAAAUGAUAUUAUUAUUGGACUUGCCAUUGGAUCGUUUUUGACGACAAAUCGAUAUAUCAUGUCCUACUUAUUACACAAAAUAUUGCAUGAAUACACUGUCGAGUCAUUACAGUCAAGGAUGCUAUGGUUUCUAGAGUCGCCAGCUGGUCUGAAACUUAACCACGAAUUGGGGAGCUUUCUGAGCGAACUUUUUCUAUGGCUCAUCCGCUUGUGGACAGCAGCACGAAUAUUCAACUGGCAGCUUAUUACUUUGUAUUCGCUAUUCAAUCUUUUCCGAGGCAAGAAGCGAAAUAUGCUACGACAUCGCAUUGACGCGUGCGACUACGAUUUGGAUCAGCUGUUGCUAGGAACAUGUCUAUUUACGCUGCUGACAUUCUUAUUCCCAACCGUGCUGAUUUAUUAUGUCACAUUUGCUUUGGGAAGAGUUGGCGUCAUUUUCCUACAAGCUAUCAUGGAGACUCUUUUGGCGUUCUUUAACCAUUUCCCAUUGUUUGCCAUCAUGCUACGAAUGAAGGAUCCUGAUCGUCUACCAGGAGGCUUGCGGUUCGAUAUAUUUGAACAAAAUUGCUUUUUGAAACGACGGCACAGACUGCGUUAUGUAUUACAGCGGUUGUGUGGGAGUGGAAAGCGGUCAGAUGACAACAGACCCCCAUCCAUUCGGCGAUCGACACACAGAAGAUCCCGGCACCAACGUAAAAAAUCGGUUCGAUUCAAGAGUCCAAAAGCCAAGUACGAAACGGCUCCUCACAGGAAUCUCAAACGUGUCAUUCAUCAUAGCCGGCAAGGGUCGUAUCUAUGGAUGUGGAACUCUCCUAUACCGUUCAGUGCUAUUUUCUUUCAGUAUAUGCUCUUGUGGAAACGGCUAAGCGCACACUACUUUUCAGCAUAUUACUUUAAAUGCUUCCUGUAUGGAGAACCUAUAAAACCGAUACCAAAACUGCAGGUGAGAUAG